GGCCUCAGGCGGUGGACCAGAAGGAGCUUACUCGGGCCCUGACGCCGUCAGGAGGCCCUGGGGGAUCCUGCUGAAGCUGCGAUUUGGCGCAGAGCUGAGAUGUCUGAGCUCUAGACACAGGGACCUCAGUGUCAAAAGAUUUGGGAAGAUGAAUUGGGUCGGGGGGUCCCGGUCCAGGGUUCUGAUCAAGCAGGAAAGAAGAAAGCAAAAGGAAUAUUUUGAAAAACACAGGUUAAAAUCAAAAAUGAAAUCACUGGGAGUUUUAUCUCCUGUCAAAAAUUCUGCUGUCAGCUUAGACAUUCUUAACCUAUAUAUGGUAAAUCAGAUAUCUUGCAAGAAGAAAAUUCCUGAAACUGUGAGAAAACCAACCCAUGUGAACAUGAAUAGAGACAUAAAAAUCCCCCUAAGAAAGCAUAAUUUAGAACUUCCAAUGUCGCCUCACUGUGUACCUUCUAAACUCUGCCUUGAUGAUACAGAAACCAAUGUAAACUAUCAAAGACUAAGUAGCAAGGAAGAUCUUGGCCCAGUCCAGUCACAAGGCAUGGACUCAUAUAGUAUGCUUCACCCUCAGUUCAGCAAAAUAGAGAACUGCAGUUUCACUCCAUCAUCUUUUUCAGUGGAGUUACCUUCUAACAGACAUAUUUCAAAACUAAAUUUCACAUCUGGAAUAGCACCUACUCCUCAGAAACUUGCAUAUGAAAAAAAGCAGAAUGACCAGCUCAGUACUGUUAACUGUUCUGAUUCCUUGCUUUCCAAAUUAAAUAAAAGUCAAGAUGUUUUCAGUCCAUCACAUAAAACUACACGAUUUGGGACAUUAUUUGAAAGAUUAAACAGUCUAGGAAAUAGGAAUUUACUUACUAAAAGCCCUGCUGUAAUUAUGGAUGAAGAUUGUAGAAGCACGGAUGAAAUAAGACAGUCAGACUACAUUACUGAAAAACACUCAGUACAGCAUAUUUGGGGGAAAAAUGGAAAGGAAGUUUCAAAUUUUCUUGAAGAUGUGAACCAGUCUACUCCUAACCUUCUAUCAGAGAAUUGUGACUCUUUUGUUAGUCAAAAUAUGAUCAAUGUAUUAAACAUAGAUCAGCAAAGGAUAAAGAAAACAUUUAACAAGUGUGAUUAUGAUAGUAUGGGAGAUACUUGUGUAGUCACUAGUUCUGAUAAAAACCAUGUCACUGACAGAUGCAUUAGAAACAUUUUUACAGUUCCAGAGUUGACUUUUAGUAAUUCGACUUUGAAUAAAACAAGUUAUCCAGAAAAAUGUCAGCCAAACAAGAAGUAUCAGAGAGAGUAUAACAAAAAUGAAAGAAAUGAUCUUAGUACAUCUUUUGAGAACGAUUACUACCCAAGCAGCUCUGAAAGAAAAGAAAAAUUUGAAAAUGAUUACCAAGAGAAGACACCACAGAAAAGUAUUCAGAAAUAUCCAGCAAACUCUGUGGGAAAUAUACCUUCGGAAGAAUUGCACUCUAAGCAGUCAUGGGACUUUGGACUUGAUGAGAUUCUGAUGGAAGAAGGAGGAAUAUAUUCUUUAAAAAGCAGGCCAACAUCUACUAAGAAAAUCUCUCUUGAUUCUGCACAGAGUAGUCGGUCUACUAGUUACUCUCCAAGACCAACAGACAGCUGUUUCAGUUCUAGUUCAGAUUUGCCAUCUGAAGAUGAAGAUCAAAUAUCACAGCAAAUUGAAGAUUCAAAUAGGAUGACCAUCAAAACCAAGGAAAAAAUGAAUAAUUUUUAUGUAGAAAGGAUGGCAAAACUUUCAGGUGACAGGAUUGUUAAAAACGAUGACAAAAUUCACAAACAGAAUGAGAAUUUCUACCAGUUCUCAGUGAAAAAUAAUACAGAUCAGUUUCCACAGUUGCAGUGCAAUUCAGCCCACAUUUUGCAAAACAAAACCAAUGAUAACUGCGUUCUGCAGGCUGCAAGGUGUGAUGCAGGGAUACAAACAGAGAGUGAAUCUGUAAUGGAGGAAAAAUUAGAUGCUGCCAUACAGUGUGAUCUAAUUUCAAAAUGUACAUGUAGAAGUGAUGUUUCUCUUUGCAACCUUGAAAGGUGCAGUGGAAAUAUUAAGGCAGAUACCACUGGAGGGCAGGAAAUCCAUAAGAACAACUAAUAUUCUAAAAUCUCUACCUAGGAUGUAGAAUUUCACUUGCCCUUAGAAAACAAUAGUAAAUGUUGAAAAUUUCAUUAACAUGAUAAGAAAUGAGAAAAAGUAGCUAAGCAUAAGCUGACAGUGUUCAGGGUGUAUAUUCACGGUUCAUGUUAAAACAUUUUAAUAUUAUUAAUGUAUGUAUUUAAUUUGUAUAUAGCCAUUUCCUUAAUAGCUUUGGUAUAUGGUAGAGUUUUUAGAAAAUAAUAUAUUUGUAAAUUUACUAGCGUUUUUAUGUGAUUAUUCAGUAUAUUACAAUGAUACGCUGUUAUUUAUUGGUUAAAAUAUGCUUAAUUGCUUCCUUCCUUGUAGCAUUUAUUUUAAUAUUCUUUGCAGUUGCAUUUUCUGGCAAAAAUGUUCUCUUUCAAGAUAUUUAAGAUAGAAAAUAAUACCUAAUAUAUUUUAUGUCCUCAUUAUAAUAAUUUUGUUAGCUACUUCUCUUUAAUAUUACGGUCCUAUUUAAAAAUUCUAGCAUUAAUUUGUAGAUAACACAUAUCUUCUCUUCUAUUUGCAUAACAUAGUUUUUUUUUGUUGGUGCUAUUAAUUCAAAGGAAAAUGUUCUGUAGGAUUAAAAGAUGUUUUAAUGUUUUUAUAAAAGAAUUGUUUGAAAUUAAAAAAAUGAUUUAUGUUACUAAUUUUAGUGUUGCUAAGAUUCUUUUCAUAAAUAACAAGAUUUCCUAUUCUAAAAUAUAGGCUUUGUUUCUAAGACAACACUUAUUUUGUAUAAGGAUUUUAAAUGUUUGUACUCUAAAAUUGACACUUGUUUUGAUAUAUUUCAUGGUACAGAGCAGAGGGCAUUCUAGUAUCUAACUGAACCCAAAAUAAAAUUGUUAGAGGUUUCUUUGCCUUUAAAGAAAACAAUGGUUUCAUGUUACAUUUUUAUACACAGAUGUAUCACUCAAGAGUCUGUGUUGCAGAGGUGAUUUGGGGCAUUGCAAUUUGGAGACACCAACAGCUAAAGUUUAAAUAGUAGCAAUCUUCAGGUUUUUAGCUAGUUUUAGGAAGUGAUUUUUGCUAUCUUACAGAGCACAAUAAGCUCCUAAGUAUUUUCUUCCAGUUUAAUGAUCAACUCAUGGAAGGGGAAUAUAAUUAUCUGAUAUAUGUAUGUUGAUAGUUUUUCAAAAGGCCAGAUUUUAUCCGGAUACUAAAUGAAAGGUAUUCCACUGUGGAUUGGUUAUCCUGAGCAUUAUUUUGCAAAAAUAUUGCAUACUAUAGCAGUGAACACUGAUACAUAGAAAAAGAAGACUAUAAUGUUGACAGUAGAAUAAACUUGAGCCGUGAAUUUUGGGUUGGUUUCAAAUAUCAAGUAAACUGAUAUUUUUCCAAAUAUGCAUCAAAGUCUAGCAAUAUUGAAAGUACAUUAAUUAUGAAAGUACACACCUAGUUCUGUUUUUAUCAAUAUCAUAAUGUAGCAGUUAAGCUCUGUAAGAUGAGGAAUUUCAGGGCUUUAAAAAAUGCAGUGACCACUUACAGUGACAGCAGAGUAAAGUGUAGUGCAGUAAAGAAUUUAAUCUUGCCCCAAAAGCGGUAUUGCCUUUGCUCUUGGCUUCUGGGAGGUAACCUCCAAGCCCUUAGAAUGUCAUGGCUAGUGAGUGUCUUUAUUUGCCUAGGAAGCUUGGCCCAAUUUAGAUAGUAACAAUAUGAUUUAGGAUGGAGACGUUGAGUAAAGCAAUAACAGCUUGCCUUCCUAAGGGAUCAGAAACUGAGAUUGGAUAGUCAGCCACACCGCUGUGAUUGAGACCCAGUAAAGACUUUGAAUACCAAGGCUCAGGUGAGCUUCCCUGGUUGGCAAUACUUCAUGUGAAUUGUCAGUCAUUGCCAGAAAAGUAAUGCUGUCCAUCACUCCAUGAGAGAGGAUGACUGAAAGCUCCCUGUUUAUUACUUUCCUAGACUCUGUCCGAUGUGUUUCUUCUCUUGGUUGAUUUUAACUGGUAUCCUUUUACUAUAAUAAACUAUAACUGUGAAUAUAA